AUGGUGCGAGUCGACAACAUUGAGACACAAGUCAUCGACAACUCUGGCAUUGGCAAUGAUGUCGAGAAGAUGUAUACGGCCCCUGUGGAUGUAGCCCAAGCUUACGAGCUCCCCAAGCCGUACAACUUAUGGGGAUUUAAUAUUUGGGCUUAUAGCCACCCUCGAGUACAGGCCAUGAUGCUUGGCUCAGUCCUCUUCAUGACAGUGGGCAUGUUCAAUGUCAUCACGUUUAUCGGAGGUGCUGGUCAACAAACCGCCUGGCUAUCCGAUAUGUCCAAUAUAGCGCUCUAUACUGUGUUCUCCGCUUUCUGUUUCGUUGCCCCAGCCUGUCUCAACUAUUUCGGACUGAGGACUACUUUGUGCGCUGGUGGCAUCGGAUAUGCAGCUUAUGCUGCGAGCCUGUGGUGCUUCAACCACACAGGAAAUGUGCCGUUUGUCAUCUUUGGAGGAUGCUGGUGCGGGCUUUCUGCUGCAUUACUCUGGUGUGCAGAGGGCACGGCCAUCACUUCGUUUGCAAGCGAAGACAAAAAGGGCCUUUAUGUGUCCAUCUUCUGGUCCAUCUUCCAGUUUGGUGUAGUCAUUGGAGCUGCAAUCCCUGUGGGACAGAACUGGAAUUCGGGUACCAACAAUGAUAGCCGUGUCGGAGACGGUACUUACAUUGGACUCUUCAUUUUGAUGCUGAUCGGUUCAUUAUUAGGCAUGGCUAUGUAUCCUUGGCAGAAGAUUAUUCGAGAGGACGGUUCCCGUGUGAUGCUAGAGACAAACAACAAAACUUUCAAGGAGGAACUUGCAACAUCAUGGCAGGUUUGCAAAAGAAACUGGUGGAUUGUGUUCUUCUGGCCAAUGUGUUGGGCAGUCAACUACUACAAUAUCUAUCAGAGCAAUGACUUCAACGGCGUCUAUUUUACCGUCCGUGGUCGAGCUCUCAAUACCUUCAUAUCGGGCGUUGUUCAAAUUCCCUCCGCUUGGAUGCUCAACAUCUUUACAGACAGACUCCCUUUUGGUCGCCGGAAGAGAGCUUUUUAUGCCAUCAUCUAUGUCUUCGUUACUAUCAACGCCGUUUGGGUUGCUGGAUAUUUCAUGAUGAAGAAGACAAAGGAAGGCCUCAGCGAAGCAGAUCGUGUUGAUGUACAUGAUUCUGGAUACGCCGCAGCCUGUGCUGUUUAUGUUUUGUAUGGCUUCACGGAUGCCACUUACAACUGCUAUGCCUACUGGUUCAUUGGGGCACUUAGUAACCGCCCCGACGAGCUCUCUGUCUAUGCUUCCAUGUACCGACUCCUUAAUGCUCUUUGCCAAAUAUGCGCAUUUGCACUUGAUCUCCAGGGAUAUUCCAAAGAGUUUAUGUUUGGUUCUUCAUGGGCUUUCGUAGCUGCAGGACCGAUUUUCGUCUUGCCUAUCAUCAAAUAUUGGCUCAAGGACACUAACAUGGUGGAAAAUAUUAACGUGAUUGAAGGCAACACGUUGGGGAUAGAGGAACCGAGUGUAGAAACUGAGAACAAGAAAGCCUCCUGA